AUGGCCGAUAUCGAGAACCCACUCCCGGCUGCGGCAACGGCGGAGCCGAGCCGGAACGGCUUCUGGGCGUGGAAGGAGAGAUUCGUUCUCAACCACCUCACCCUCUACAAUCCUGCCGACGACGAUGACGCCACCAACGGCGUCGCGAGUGCCGACGCCGACCAGGACAGCAGGCGCAGAUUCCUAUGGGGUUCGACUCUGCUCGCAAUCUUCAUCGAACUCAGCACCGCAUUACUCAUAGCGAGCAUCGAGCCGUCCACUGCCGGACCGGCGGUGUAUCUCGCCUCGCGCGUCGUCGGGCGCAAGUGCCGCACGCACACCACGCGCCCAUUGGUCCCACGUGCACCACUCAGGCACCCGUCCUUAUCCCAGCAACCCCACGUCCUUAUCCUCACCAACUGCACAUCCACACAAACCUCAUCCUCUCGCUCAUGUCUCACCUGCCUCGCCUCUGUCUCUCGCUCGCGCCGUCGCAUCUUUGCUCCGGCGAGCCCCACCACUAGCCACACGAGGAGCUGCAACCGGAGGACGGAGGAGCUGCUACUGGCCACUUCGGAAGCUGCAACCGACGGGCAGAGGAGCUACAAGCCGGGAACUAAACAGACGACUGCCGUGCUAGAUUCAGCACGCCGGGGUGCUGCAACCGGCAGAUCAAAUGGCUACAACUACCUUUUGUUUUUGCUGAGACCGGUGAGAAAUUUCACUGUGACCAUCGACGCUUGCAGCUUCGGCGAGAGCAGCAUCUACUCGCCGCGGAUACACGCGCAGCUCGUGCUUUGCCCCAAUAGCACGAUGCGUGCAGCUCUAACGAGGGGCAGUAUCUACUCGCGUGCGGCCAUUCCCCAACAGAUGGCUUGUCACGGACGACGAUCUGCGCGCUCCGCUCCGCUCAUAGGAGAGAACAACCACCAUCGGAAGAUGCCUCAACCUCGGCGCGGCGGAGCUACAAGUGUAGGUCCGGGAGCUGCAACCAGCAAGACAAAUGAUGGAACUGGCGACGACCGUGCUGCGUCGGCGACGGCGGCGGUCCACCAUUGCUGGAACCAGCUAUUUUUUUGCUGGAACUACCAUUAUUUUUUGCUGGAACUACAUUUUUUUGUUGCUGCAAUCAACUAGUGUGUUUGCUGCUGAGUUUUUUUGCUGGAACUGCCUUUUUUAUUUGCUACAAUCGUCUUUCUCAUAUUUGUACUGCUGAGAUUAUUUUUGCUCGAAACGUUAUCUUUUUUGGUACCAUUGUCUUCUUGUUUUGCUGGAACCAAUAUUUUUUUCCAAGGAUCCAACUUGAUGGUGAUGCGAGUAGCUUCUUUUUGUGAACUUUGACAGGGAGCACGGCAGCAACUGUUGACGACGAGGGUAAACGGGGCAGACACACGCAGCGUGACGCGGUGGCGAGGUGCGGUUGGCAUGUGCUUGUGGUUUUUUUGUCAGAUCUCGUGCGCGGUGGGGAAGAAAGGGAUGGGCGGGGGAAGGAUCAGACGGCUGACAGGGGCAGAAUCGUACGGCUCACGAGUGACCGACCCAAAGCGUCGCGGUGGCGAGGUGCAGCUGGCAUGUGCUUGUGUUUUUUUGUCAGAUCGCGUGUGUGGUGGGGAAGAAAGGGAUGGGCGGGGGAAGGAUCAGACGGCUGACAAGGGCAGAAUCGGACGGCUCGCAGGUGAACGGCUCAAAUUUGGGCCGGCGCGCCGACGCCUAUCAUCACCCUUAGAAAUUGUUAAAGCAUAGGCUUGUAGGAGACCUUCUUUGGUGGAUUCGUGUCGUGGUUGUGUGGACAGCGGGAGAGGCCGACUGCCACUGGGCAUCCCUGUGGCCUCCUUGAUGUUGUUUGCUUGGCCUGUUCAUAGUGGCCGCAGCGGCUGCAGGUGGUACAAUGACA